UGUGAGGUGAAGGCACGCGCCGCGAAAUCGUGCGAGCGCGCGCCCCGAUCACCGGUAAAAGACGAUGCGGCUGUGUGCGCGCACACCCUCCCCGGACUCGGUGUCUCUGCAGAGCGGACAGCUCCCCGCUCAGUCCUCCUCCGCCGUUGACAACCUAGUAAAAACGCCACGUUUCCGCGCGGCUGUCGAUGCCACAGCCGCGGGGCGAGGAGGCCUGUAAGCUCCACCGCAGUCCGAGCUCCAAUCCGAGACGCAGCACUGCGGUUUGUCCGCUUUGGCCAUGGCGCAGCGGAGGAGGCUCAGAUGAAGGACGCCCUGCGCAUCGGCUAAAAAGCUGGAGGAACUUUCCUACUGCUGAAUUCCUCUGAACACAGAUGUGACACUCCUUUAGAACAGGAAAAUUCUCGACUAGCUACAGAGACUAAACCGACCAGGCCCCACUGGAGGUCCCUAAACCUCCCUUUGGGCACCACCGGACAGAGGGGGCGGUGUAAACAUUGGUAGGAGCAGCAGAAGCCAUGGCAGACGCUGCGGAGUGCGGGGUGAGAGUGAUGUGCCGCUUCAGGCCCCUGAACGAGGCCGAAAUUACCCGAGGAGACAAAUACAUCCCCAAGUUCAAAGAGGACGACACCGUGGUCAUAACGGGCAAACCGUACGUGUUCGACCGCGUGCUGCCUCCCAACACGACGCAGGAGCAAGUGUACGACCAGUGUGCCAAGCAGAUAGUGAAAGAUGUGCUGGGCGGCUACAAUGGGACCAUCUUCGCCUACGGGCAGACGUCCUCCGGGAAGACCCACACCAUGGAGGGCAAACUGCAUGACCCGCAGCUGAUGGGAAUCAUCCCUCGCAUCGCCCGCGACAUCUUCGACCACAUCUACUCGAUGGACGAGAACCUCGAGUUCCACAUCAAGGUCUCUUAUUUUGAAAUCUACUUGGACAAGAUCCGAGACCUGCUGGACGUGUCAAAGACGAACCUCUCCGUCCACGAAGACAAGAACAGAGUGCCCUAUGUGAAGGGCUGCACUGAGCGUUUUGUGUCCAGUCCAGAGGAGGUCAUGGACGUCAUCGAUGAGGGCAAAUCCAAUCGGCAUGUAGCAGUGACCAACAUGAACGAGCACAGCUCUCGCAGCCACAGCAUCUUCCUCAUCAACAUAAAGCAGGAAAACGUAGAGACGGAGAAGAAGCUGUCUGGGAAGCUCUACCUGGUCGACCUGGCUGGCAGCGAGAAGGUGAGCAAGACGGGAGCUGAGGGGGCGGUGCUGGACGAGGCAAAGAACAUCAACAAAUCUCUCUCAGCGCUGGGAAACGUCAUCUCAGCUCUGGCUGAGGGCACCAAAACCCACGUGCCGUACAGAGACAGUAAGAUGACUCGGAUCCUGCAGGACUCUUUGGGAGGGAACUGUCGCACCACCAUCAUCAUCUGCUGCUCACCGUCCAUCUACAACGAGGCCGAGACCAAGUCCACGCUCAUGUUUGGACAGAGAGCGAAGACCAUCAAGAACACAGUGUCUGUGAACCUGGAGCUGACGGCCGAGGAGUGGAAGAAGAAAUACGAGAAGGAGAAGGAGAAGAACAAGAACCUGAAGAGCAUCAUCCAGAGGCUGGAGGCUGAACUCAACCGCUGGAGAAACGGGGAGAACGUUCCUGAGGAGGAGCAGCAGAGCUCUAAAGAUCAGAGGAGCGGCGAGCCGUACGACAACACUCCCAUCAUCGACAACCUGCUGCCAGCCGGAGGAGGUGUCUCCGUCUCCGGUGACGAGAGGAGGAAGUACGAGGAGGACGUAAGGAACCUGUACAAACAGCUGGAUGACAAGGAUGACGAAAUUAACCAACACAGUCAGCUGGCGGAGAAACUCAAGGAGCAGAUGAUGGAUCAAGAAGAGCUGCUGGCGUCAACACGACGCGACUAUGACAAGAUCCAGGAGGAGCUGUGCCGGCUGCAGACGGAGAACGAGCUAGCCAAGGAGGAGGUGAAGGAGGUGCUUCAGGCCCUGGAGGAGCUGGCAGUUAACUACGACCAGAAGAGCCAAGAGGUGGAGGAGCGAAACCAAGCCAACGCGCAGCUGACCGAGAAGCUGCAGCACAAGACGGCGCUGCUGUCGGUGCUUGAGAGGGAGGUGAGUCAGCUGCAGGAGCUAAACGGCCUGCAGAGAAAGCGUGCUGCCGAGGUCCUCAACCUUCUGCUGAGAGACCUCAGUGACAUCGGCGCCAUCAUCGGCACCAGCGAUGUCAAGACGGCUGCGUGCUCAGAGAUGAAGGGGAACGGCUCGGCGCUGGAGGAGGACUUUACCGUUGCUCGCCUCUACAUCAGCAAGAUGAAGUCCGAGGUCAAGUCUUUGGUCAACCGCAGCAAGCAGCUGGAGAGCGCCCAGGCCGACGCCCACCGCAAGAUUCAGGCGAACGAGAAGGAGCUGGCGUCCUGUCAGCUGCUCAUCUCCCAGCAUCAGGCCAAGAUAAAGUCUCUGACCGACUACAUGCAGAACAUGGAGCAGAAGAAAAGGCAGCUGGAGGAGAGUCAGGACGCUCUCACCGAAGAGCUCGCCAAACUGCACGCUCAAGAGAAAAUGCACGAGGAAAAGGAGAAGGAGGACAUCGGCAGAGCGGGCGGAGACGAUGACAUCAAGAAAACGCUGGAGGAGCAGCUGGAGAACCACAGGGAGGCUCAUCAGAAGCAGCUCAGCCGCCUGCGGGAUGAGAUCGAAGACAAACAGAGGAUGCUGGACGAGCUCAGAGAUCUAAAUCAGGGGCUGUUACUGGAGCAGGAGCGACUCAUGUCGGAUUACUACAAACUGCAGGCGGAGGAGCAGGAGAAGAAUGCAAAGCUGGAGAGGCUCGUGCUGCUGAAUGAACAAAGGGAGCAGGCCCGAGAGGACCUGAAGGGUCUGGAGGAGACUGUGGCCAAAGAGCUGCAAACUCUGCACAACCUGCGCAAACUCUUCGUCCAGGACCUCACUGCACGGGUUAAGAAGAGUGCAGAGCUUGACUGUGAGGAGGGACUCAGCAACAUUGCACAGAAACAGAAAAUCUCAUUCUUGGAGAACAAUUUGGAGCAGCUGACUAAGGUCCACAAACAGCUGGUCCGGGACAACGCAGACCUUCGCUGCGAACUGCCCAAGCUGGAGAAGCGUCUGCGAGCCACGGCCGAGCGAGUCAAAGCGCUGGAGAACGCCUUGAAGGAGGCCAAGGAGAACGCCAUGAGGGACCGCAAGCGCUACCAGCAGGAGGUGGACCGCAUCAAAGAGGCUGUGCGGGCCAAGAACAUGGCCAGGAGGGGAUACUCUGCACAGAUCGCAAAGCCUAUCCGGCCCGGACAUCAUCCACUGUCCUCCCCGAUCUGCAGCUCCAUCAGAGCCGGAGGUGUUGAUAUUCAUAACAACUGAACCCACAACAGCAACAUAAUCCUACGACCAUAAACAACUCAGUGCAUGCUCACCACCCCACCUGGAUCCACAAGCAACGCCCCUCCUCUUGGAGCACCAAUGGGAGGCCUUCACGACAGACUGUCAUCGCUCGGAGAAGCACCAUCCAAACAUUGUGUAAAUACUGAUGAGACAUAUUUAAUUUGCUGAAUGUAGAUCUCAGAGGCCUCGUUUAUAACACAUUCGCUGUUAUAAGUUUAGUUUUCUGGAUCUUCUGAUGGUAGAUUGUCGUUAUUAUGCAACAGAUUAAAAGCUCGAAGUUUAUAAGUGAGGCCCUGUAUUAGAAAUGAAAAUGAAGCUUAAGUUUUAGGUUUGCGCAGCUUUACAGGAGAAGGCAAACGUGUCCGUUUUUAGAUAAGUAUUGUUUAACGUUUUAGGAAACAACUUGCUUUUUUCCUUUUUUUCUCAGUCGUCAUGAUGACAGAAGUGACACCACUCGAGUGUAUCUGAUCAAUAUGAAGCUACAGCCAACAGACGGUUAGCUUAGGUUAGCAUAAAAACCAGGGAAUGGCAAUCACAGAGAUCUUUGGUCCUGUACCCUAUAUACCUCUUUGCAAACAGCCACUUAUCAUUAGGUUGGUGGAAAUACACAUUUUUCCCUUGUGAUCCAGUGGUUGCCAGAUGAUUGCUGACUGGUCUCUAGGCCUAUGUGGCUGACGCUACAGCAGCAUCCCUCCAAAAUGGCAGUCACA